CUCUCUCUCUCUUUUUGGUAUGAUAAAGUCGAAAGAAAACGAAAAACCAAGGUUUUGAAGAGACAAAAUCCUGUUAGCAACUUGCCUCUGCUAAUAAUGCUAUCUUCUUCUCUACCUGCCACCUUUGCUCGCCUGUCAAACAUCUUUUUUAUCAUGCUAAACCUCCCACUUCGAGUUUUAUGUUCAAAUUGGUGAUCCUGAGAAUCAUACCUGCAGAUCCUCUUCCAGUUUUCAUAUAUUAUAUGUUAUAAUGGUUGUAACAUGUAUUCAUCAUCUCCAAUGUUACUUACCUAUUUAAUCUGUUUAGCGGUGGAAAUCAGAGAACCAUAUAUUGCAAAACGAUGCACAUGACACUCUAUUCGGGCGAUUGACAUGAUAAGAAUGGCUGUUAUUUAUGAGUAGAAGCUCUCGGUACAAAUAUUAGACGGGGGAACCCGAGGGUGACCUCGAUGACAUUGUUUUAUAGGACUUUAGAUUGGCUGCAACCAUUACAUGGCAGAAUUCGAAUUUCUCUAACGAGAUAAGUCUGUAAUUUAAAAAAGAUCUGCCAUGUAUCUACUUCCCCACUUCGAAGCAUACACAUGAAACAGACAAGCACACUACCCUAUUAAUGGUAACUUUUUGGGCACAAAGCCUAUAUUUAGUCGAACAAAAGAUGGCUCACUUUAAUUCUUGUCACACCAUAUUCAUUAUUUGUUGUGCCUUUUUAGGUAAUAUAUUGUUUAAUUAUAAGAUUUAAACUCAUCCCAUCUCUCCAUACAGUCUAUAUAUAUGAACUAAAAGUCGUUCAAGACAUGCCAUCAUGAGGUAUUAGGAAGAGAUUGGUACCAUGCACAUCUUCAUCGAGUAAACAGUACUGUAGCAGAAAGUGAAGCAGUAAAGGCUAUGAUUAAAACUAUGAUUAAGGGAAUUCCUUUCAUGAAGAAAGUGGUUCUGUUAAAAGAUGCUUUCUUUCUCACUGCAGUUUUAUUGAAACUUUACAGUGCGCAUGGAAUACCAUGAGCGACAAAAGGAGGUCAGAGUUUCCCCCACUUAAAGAAUACGUAUACCAAUAUAUAUUAAACAAUCAAACUAAUUAAUAUUUUAAAAUUCUUCUCUGAAAUAUCAUGCUCCCCCCCGUCUGCAAAAAUAUACUCUUACACACCCACCAAACUGACUAAAAAGCCUUAUCUUUUUCAAACCCAUUACACUUCUUUCAACAGUUGCAACUAUAUUUUAUUAGGCUUCUCCUUUUCUAAUAUUUAACAUGUUUAAGUACUGUUACCAAUAUAUGUUGCAUUAUAAAAUUGGAUGAUUUGUUCUUCCCAUCUAUAUAAGCAUAUAUACCAUUCAAUAUAUAAAACAAAGCACUGUAUCAAUAUUGGUCCUCUAUGGCAGCUCAAGUUUUUCGUGGUAUUGGAUUAAAGAAAGUGCUUAGUGCCAGAACCGGCUUAUGCAAAAGGUGAUAUAAAGCUGAGGCUCGGUCAAUUUCUUUCUUUUAUUGGCAUCAGACAGAAAAAAUAUUUUAUGUUCAGUUGGCCUGUCCUUGAUUGCAGUCUGGAAGGGAGCUGAACCUGGAAUUGGUAUUGGAACUUUUCAUCAUUUUAACUUUGUAAGAUAUCUUUCUCAUUUCGAACAUUUCUGUUAUCAAUGGACGCGUUGGGUUGGGAUGGAUCACUAGUUGUUACAAACACACCAUCCUCGUGGUAUCAACACAGGGUUCAAGAAAGCUUGGUUUUGUCCAGCGAAAACUCCAGCGUUUUCAAUCCUAUCCAGGCGCUCCAAGAGGCUCAAACAUCGCAUGUGUUUACAAAUUCUGAAAUAGCAAGCGUAAUGGUUCGGCCACCGACUCUCAUAUCGGAUUCAAUGAAGUUUUUGUCGAACAUGAACCUAUCCGACCGCCAAGAAGCUAUGAGAUUGGCAGCAGAUGCUGGGACACAUUGGGGAGAAGAUUUAACAUCUGAAUUAUGUCCUUCCGCUUUGAUGAUCAAAAGGCCUUGUACAAUGAAUCCUUCGAGCGGUUUAAAUGCCGAUUUUAGCAUGGCAAAUCAAUCCCAAGAGGUCAAUGGCUUACAAAAUGGAAGGCCUCCAGUGCCGACAUGCUCUGUUGAGUCGUUGGAUUGCUUGCUCUCAGCUACUACUAGCAACACAGACACGUCGGCCGAAGAUGAGGGGAUUUCCACGAUUUUCUCUGACUGCAGAAAUUUAUGGAACCUUCGUUCUAUUGGUGCAGUUUCAUCAGGAGAGUGCGAGAAUGGUGCUUCCAAUGCAAUAAAAGAAGACAUGCGCCGCCCUGUAAACGAGAUUGACAAGAGAGUAUCGCAAAGUUCCUCGGAUCUUUAUGGAAACCAUGGACAAUUUCGAGAAUCUAAGCAUGGUUCUACAAAGAUUAGCAAUGAUCAAAGUGAGAUCAAAGCUGGUCCAAAUUAUAGUUUUGAUCUUCUUCAAAGUGAUUCUACUACUACAGAAGGGGGUUUUAAACUCAUUUCUGAGAAUCCGGCAAAACCCAAGAAGCCCAGAUCAGAGAAGGGUCCCAGCACAUCCAACAUCAACUUCCAACAGUCAAGUUCAUCGGUAUCCUCUUCCGUCGAGGAACCUGAUCCAGAGGCCAUUGCACAAAUGAAGGAGAUGAUUUAUCGGGCUGCGGCUUUUAGACCAGUGAACUUGGGUUUGGAUGUGGUGGAGAAGCCCAAGAGGAAGAAUGUCCGAAUAUCAUCGGAUCCGCAAACUGUGGCUGCAAGGCAAAGGAGGGAGAGGAUCAGUGAGAGAAUUAGGGUUUUGCAGAAACUGGUUCCCGGUGGGAACAAGAUGGACACUGCAUCAAUGCUUGAUGAGGCUGCAAACUACCUCAAGUUUCUCAGGUCACAAGUCAAAGCACUGGAAAAUCUAGGCCAGAAACUUGACUCGAUGAAUUGCCCCCCUGCAGACCUCGCCUUUUCUUUCAAUCCCUCUUUUCCCAUGCAAACCUAUUUCCCACUCCAAAACCCUAAUCAUAUCCAUCGUCAUCCAAAGAGUUGAAAAAUAUUAUUAUCCAGAAGAGGGAAAAAAAAAAUCAUUGGUAUUUAUCAAAUCCCUUCAAGGACAUUAAGAAAAUUUAACCAAAGACCCCUAAUCAAAUCCAUCAUCAUUUCAGCACCAUUGAUUAACAUCCAAAUCCCAUUUCCUACUCAAAAACACAAAAUCUAAUCUAUGUGAUCCACAUGAUCAAAGUUCUGAUUAUUAUAUAUCUGUGAUCUAGAGUUCAAAACUCAGGCUGCUUUUUAAUUAUCUCCAUCAAGAGACCCGCCACCCAAGAGCAGCGAGAGAGCUUUCUGGCUGUGCCAUUCUUCCUAGUAGUUUUCCUGCCUCCACUGUUAUUAUGUUUUGUUUUUGAAGGAAGAGAUAAUCAUAGUGGAAGUGGCAAUUAAUCAUGUGAACAUAGUCAAGCCAUUCAUGACCCUUUUUCUGCACAGAAAGGCUUAGCAAUGAUACUGCUUAUGAUUAAGCUGAGGGGCAAGAAAGUGAUUGUCACUUUGUUGUAUAAUCAAUUAUUUUAAUGUGAUCUAUGUAGUUAAAGCUCACUUUGUUGAUUACAUUUAUGUUAUUCUAAUGUAAUCUGUUAGCUAAUCAAUGCAAAAGACAUUCUUCUUAAGAA